AUGGAGCCACGAACUGAACCCCGAACCCGCCGGGCAUCGCCUGUGAAGGUGAAGAAGAAAAAGUCUACCAAGCAUACGGUCAAAUUCAAGGACCAGGGCGACAAAGAGGACGUACUGGUGGUGACGGUCGAGCCACCGUCCCCGUCACCCGGGUCUCCCGAACCACCGUCCCCGACUGCCGUGACCUUCGCGCUUCCGCCGCUCACUACCCACCGGUCUCGGGCGGGCUCCGAGGAAAAGCCCGCCGGAGACACGCGCGCACUUCCAAAGAAGGACACUCCAAAGCGGGCGAAACCCGGCGAGCAGCGUUUAUCCGAAGGAUGUACAUCGCUAAUGUACGCCUGCCAGCAGGGUCUUACCGGUGAUAUAUUGAAGGAGCUGCGACAAAAGCCCAGUGCGGUUCAUCGGCGGGAUCGGAGCAACAAAAGUGCCUUACAUUACUGCAGCAGCGCGCAGGACAUCGCUGCCGCGGCCAGCGUCGCCAUGGUGGCACCUGAGCUGAUUGAGUCCGCCGACGAGGAUGGCUUCACACCGCUGCAUCUGGCGGUGAUACAGGGAAAUCUGCAGCUCGUCAACCUGCUGCUCGCUAACGGUGCUGAUGUUAAUGCGCUCGACAACGAGGGGCACUCGGUCGUGCACUGGGCCACUGUGUGCGGCGAAGUAGAGGCCCUCCGAGCCGUGCUGACGGCAGGAGCUGAUGUCUCCACGCCGGACAUCAAUGGUGGCAGUCCGCUGCACUAUGCGGCGCAGAUGUGUGGCGCCAAUUACGACGGUAAGUCGGCUCGCGCUUCGGCCAAGCUGGCGCUCGAGAUCCUGAACGCGCUGCUCAACCAUCCGGAUACUUCGGUCGAAGUAGAGGACAAGGAUGGCAGGCAGCCGCUGCUGUGGGCCGCUUCCGCCGGCUCGGCCAAGGCUGUGCUGGCUUUGAUCAAAGCCGGGGCUCACGUCGAAAGUGCCGACAAGGACGGACUAACUGCGCUGCAUUGUGCAGCUUCACGCGGCCACACCGAGUGCAUUGACACGCUGAUCAACCUGUGUGGGGCGCACACGGACCAGAUCGACUCGAAUGGGUGCACAGCGCUGCACUACGCCGUCACACUGGGCCAUGCCGAUGCGACUUCCCUGUUGCUCAAGCUGGAUGCCGAUCCAAAUCGGCAAGAUCGGAAGGGCCGUACACCAGCACACUGCGGAUGCGCCAAGGGUCAGAUGGAAACGGUUAAGAUACUGCACGCGAAGAAGGGCAAUCUGUGGCUGCGUAACGCGAAGGGUGAUCUUCCAGUGCACGAUGCCGCUUGCUCAGGUCGGCGUCAGCUCGUACAGUGGUUGCUGCAGAUGAAACCGAAACACAUCAACACGACCAGCAACGAUGGGCGCACGCUGCUACACAUCGCCGCCGGGCAUGACAAUGUGGAUAUGUGCAAGCUAUUGCUGGAGUUGGGCGCUGACGUUAAUUUGUUGUACAGGCCGUCUAGUAAAGGGUCACCGUUGACACCACUCGAUUAUGCGUUGGCCAAGGGGUACCGGUCAACCGCGAAGUAUCUGCAGAUGCAAGGUGGGUUGCCGGCGAACAAGCUGCGGCUGUCAGGACGUCAGCAGAAACUGCUGCCCGAUAUCGAUCGCGUGGAGCCACUGAAGCUGACCGAGAAGGAGGAACUAAUCGACCUGAAAACGUCCAAGCGAUACAUCGUGUAUCUGAACUCAAACUCGGACAGUGAAACGCAGGACGAUCGGGCACACCGUAAGAGCCGCCACAAACGAAAAGGUGCCCAUCGUGGCAGGCGCACGAGCAGCUGCAGCGACUCGGUGUACCUGUACCGCGAGGGUAUGGCCGACAUUAGCCGGUCGCGCAGUAACGCCGAGCUGCACCGGAGCGAUCAGCGCUCAGUAAAGCAUCGACGGAGCAGCAGCUCAUCAUCGUCGGCCAGCACGAGUGCGUCAUCGUCGGACAGCUGCUGCAAGCAUGUGAGGCGUAAGCACAAGUGCUACAAAAAGUGCUCUUCCAAGCGAUCGCACUCACGCGAUCGUCACAAAGAUCGCCACGAGCGGGAGCGUGAGGACUCGCGUGAUCCCAAACACCUGCAGCAGUCGCAGGACGCGAUGAAGGAGUAUGAGUUUAAGUACGCGGAGAAAAAGGACGCCGGUCCGCGUAAGCCGGGCGAACGGUGUGGCAAGAUCAUCCUGAAGCAGGUGCACAGUGGUUCGUCGGAGAACGAUUCGCCGCUUAAGUUUGCCACCGAUCGUGGAGCACGCGGAUCGCUGCUUGGGCUUCCGGGCCAGGGGCCACUCGGUGCUGGUGGAUAUGAUCCCUCCGGUGGGUUGGGUGAUUUUUUAGACGAUCAAACGAGCCCACGGACACCACCGCGGGCCGAGUUUAACAUCCGGAAGGAGUCGGACACGAAAAGCGAGGGCAAAUCGUCCGAUUCCAGCUCGACGAAGAAGAAAAAAGUAAAAGGCACCGGCAAGAAGUCGAAGCUCGCGAAAACGCCCAAGAAGUCGGACUCACCGAGCGAAGAGGAACCGGUGGGUAAAUCUUGCGGUUCCACAGAAAUAGCGACAGAGGCUCAGGUCCAUCCGGUCCCGGAACCAAUGUCUAAAUCAACCGAAGACGAUGGUGCGGCCACUGACGCAACGUACACGAUCGAGCACAAAACGCGUUCCGACGUCGAGGGUCUAAGCGAGCCAGAAGAACGCGGACCAAAGGGGAUACCGCGGGUCACCAGCAAACCAGCAACGGAAACGAUCCAAGAAGUGCGAGACGAGCACGUGGUGGAGCAAAGUGUCGCACCUCAACAAGCGGCCGCUGCCGGUCCACGAGCUGACGUGCGUAAGGAUCGUGCGAAAUUGAAGUCCUCCUCUAAGAGCGACAGCAAGAGUCACUCAAAGUCCGAAUCGUCCGAUAAAGAGGGCACGAAGAAGGUGAGCGUCCCUUUAGAGGAACCUACACCACCUCCACCGGCACCACCUCCAUCGCCUCCACCGUUGGCGAAGGAUCCGCCACCAGCAGAGCCGCCUCCGAAACCCUCCAAGCAUGACGCGGUGCUCGUAACGGAGCCGAAACCACAGCCAGCACCACUGCCACACUUAGAACCGCUGGUAGAGGCCGUUGAGGAGAAGGUGUCCGUGGUGGAGCAGAAGUUGGAGACACUGGAAGUAGACCGACUGGGGGACGAUGAGUCGCUGAUCGCGGAAGAAUCACUGCCACCGCUGAUAGAACCGGAUGAGCGAGUCGAAGACACCGGUGCAGAUAAAGCACCUGAUCCCGAGCCCCAAAAGCUUCCAUCUGCAGAGGUUGAAUCGACCGAAAGCUCACCCUCGAAAUCGAGCGAAGACACCGACCAACCGUCGGUUGUGGAAGAACCACCUGCGAAGCCACCACCAGCGCCAUUGGUACCAGAGCCGGUGGUGGUGGUAGAUAACGUCCAGGUGCAACCUCCGGUCGAGAAGGCGAAAGUGCACGAACCUCCAAAAGAGCGUCCCAAACUGCGCCGUUCGAUGGAAUCCAAAAUGGAGAGCGUCGACGGUGAACCGAAGCCGGGCCCCAAGCAACCGACGAGCGAGAUUAAAGAGCAGCCACCGGAUCAGCAGAAGGUCGAUCAAACGCGCGGGUUCUUCGUAAGCCUCGACGGCUCCGAGGACGAGGACAAGAAGAAGAAGAAAAUCAAGAAGAAGCCCCGUCUCAAGGAGGACGAGCUGCAGGAGGAGCAACAGAGCAGCAAGGAUCAGGACUCGGGGUUUGAGCCGAGUCCGCAGGCGAUGCGCAGUAAACCGACGGUGUUUGAGCGACCGACACACACGGCCACGCUGCCUCGCAGGUCCGCCUUCACGAUGGUGGAGGAGCGUGCUGUUAGUUCGCGUCCUGAAGGCCGCAAACCAGGAGACAAACACGCAGUUAACAUGACGACUGUGCAACAGUCGAUUCAUCGCAACAUCCGCAGAUAUUAUAUGGAAAGAAAGAUUUUCCAACACUUGUUAGAACUGAAAAGUUUGCAAAUACGGUCGACGAAAGUGAACGAGUCGGUGCUGGUGAAGCGGGCCGUCGACGAUUACCAUAAGUCUACGAUCGAGCUUGGCUACGAGACGGGCAGCACGCUCAAGCGCUACCCGUACACGGAGUAUUCGUUCCGGAAUUUUGAGCUGUUCCUGUACGACACGCUCAAGAGCCUGCAGAAGAAGGAGACGUACAACUUCCAGAACAUCUCGGAGGUGUACGACGAGGCCGAACGAAGGCUCAGCCCGGAUGUGAGCCGCUACGAGCGUGCUCUCAACUGCACAACCAAAACGCACCGAUGUCUUCAUGCGACGCACGCCUACACGGGAAUUCCCUGCGCUGCGUACAUACCGAUGAUGAACCAUCACACGAUACCGAAGCUCGGUUUUGGGCCGUACAAAUCCAGCACGUCGGGGGUGGGCAGCUUUUUCUUGCCGAAAAUCCUGACGCACCCCACGGACCGCAGCUGCGCUGGCGGGAAGGUCGCCCUGGAGCUGACGCAUGGUAACAGCAAGCAGGUCAUUACACUGCCAUCCGAGAAGCUCGAUAGCAAUAAGCGCUACUACGUUACGUUCACGCUUAACCCGGACGCCACCACUGACGGUGAUCCUCCUUUAUCCGCAGGCCCUGAACGAGCAGCCCAGUCAGCACAACAGCAGCAACAGCAGCAGCAACAGCAACGAUCCCUCGAGCACCCAUCAGAUCCUGAUGCCGAAGAUAACGCUCAGCCAUCCCGGCGAGCUCAGCAGCAGCAGCAACAGCAGCAGCAACAUCAACCAGCAGCCACGGUUUCUGGGCAACACCGGCAGCAGCCGCAGCGAGAUGAGGGCCAACAACGGUCACAAUCUGGGGUCGCUGGGGCACAAUCGGAGCCCUGUGCCCUUCCCGCAGUAGAUGGGCAGCGGUCUGCGGUUGGUCCUGGUCCGGCAGCUCCUACCUAG